AAAGGUCAGAAAUUAACACAAAUUGUAAACUCCUGGAACAAAAAUCUCAACAGUAAAAGCUUUCUCUUUCUUUCUUAUCUCUCAUUUUUUAGGGUUCUAGCUUCUUCUCUCACUUUCUCUCUCCUUUUCCCCAAAUUUCAUUCUCCUUCUUCUUCUUCGACUUCACUUUGGGAAAAAUCAUUCUAUCGACUGCCCUUCAUCAUUCCAGUGGCAAACUUGGAUUUACUGUUGUGAAGCACAAAUUGCACAUCUGUUUAUAUGCUAGCCCAAUAUGUUGAAUACUCUCGUCUCAGGGCAGUUAUCUCUACCAACGUUGCCUGAUAGUCAGAUGAGUCGUUUGAAUUCAAUUAUGAGCAGAGCUGAUUCCUCAAUUUCAGAAUCAUUAGAGGGAGCAGUUGAACCUUUGAACAGCAAAAUAACAUCAACAUCUGGUAAUAUGCAUGAGCAAUUUGAGUAUGUGCCAACUAAUAUGGGUAUGCACCCUAAUUCAGGCCAAUCAGAAUUGUUAGUUCCAAGUAAGCGGAAGGCGACAACUGAACCAAUACCUGAUAAUUGGGAUUUACAAAAGAUUGCUUCUAACAAGAGAGCUGCUCCACUGGGGUCAAAUGCUAAAGGUCAUAGUGUGUCUUCUGCUAUAAAUAAAAAACCUAUGCCAAACACAUCAAAGAUUAGUGCUUCUGGUAAAAAAGUGAUGCACUUGGAUUCUUUUGUGAAUAAGUCUCAGUCAACUGUUUCAAAAAAAAAAUUCACAGCCAGAAGUCUCUCCAAAAAGCCAGGGAGAGUCAUAUGAUUCUGUUAGGGCCAAGCUGAGGGAAUCUUUAGCUUCUGCGCUGGCCCUGGUUACCUCAGAUGGAAAGAUGAAGACAGAAAUUGAGGUUGAAGCAAAUACUCAGGAGGGCUUAAAAGAGCAUAAACCUUUAGUUUGUGAAUCAAGUGCUGGAGCUGCUAACAUGGAGCUCAAGGGUGAAGAUUCUAGUACCUCUGGCAUUCUUACUGAUGGGUGCAAUGAUGACAAGAAAGUAUCACUGGGAAUCCAUUUAAAAGGAACAUGUAGUGAUGACAAUCAGGCAUGGAGCUUUAUGGGAACAGAAUUUCAUUCUGAUCCCAUGUUAGCUGGUGAUGAUUCACUGUUUAGUGAUGGCCUGUUUUUCAAAGAUGAUCUUUUGCAGGGGAAUGGUCUUUCAUGGGUUUCAGAUACUUCGCAUAUAUCAAACUUUAAUGAAGUUGACAAUAUUGUGACGUCUGAUGCGAUGCGUGAGGAUGUAAAUUUUAAUGUUAAGGAGAAAACAAUUCAGUCUCCAGAUUCUCUUGCCUUUGAAAUCGAAACAGAGCUUUUCAAAUUAUUUGGUGGUGUAAAUAAGAAAUAUAAAGAGAAGGGAAGAUCACUGUUGUUCAACUUGAAAGAUCGUAAUAAUCCUGAGCUGCGAGAAAGGGUUAUGUCAGGUGAUAUACCUCCUGAUCGUCUAUGUUCAAUGACAGCAGAGGAGCUAGCUUCGAAAGAACUUUCAGAGUGGCGAAUUGCGAAAGCAGAAGAGCUUGAUCAGAUGAAAGUCCUUCCUGAUUCUGAUGUUAAUAUGAGGCGCUUGGUGAAGAAAACUCACAAAGGUGAAUACCAAGUGGACUUCGACCCUGAUAACAGUGCUUCUGAGGAAAUUUCACCUGAAAUUAGUGCGUCUUCUCAAAAGCGUUCAAAGACCAUUGGGUCUGAUGCACGCCCUCCUAAAGUUGCACCAACCAAGGUAGAACAGUAUGAUCAGUGUGAGUUUACUAUACCUAAUGAUGGUGCUGAUAUGCAAGGACUAAUGGUUGAUGAUAUGAAAGAUCUUCCUCCUAUUGUAUCCUUGGAUGAAUUCAUGGAGUCACUUAAUAAAGAGCCACCAUUUGAGAAUUUACCAGUUGAUUCUAGGACAUCCACCCUUGAGGUGGAUAAGGAAACCUCGGAGGUGGGCUUUGAAUCCAGGUCGCCCGAAGAGCCUUUGAAACAACCUGUGACGAACUCUCAGAAAACGGAACAAGUUAGAGAGGAAAGCAAACUUACAGAAGCCAAUAAGAAAUUAUCUGACAGUCAGAAGGAAUUAGUUAAGAAUCCUGUUCAUCUUCCCAAGCAAGAAAGUGUUUGGGAGGGACAACUCCAGCUUAAUAUAUCCUCCAUGGCCAACUUUGUUGCCUUGUACAAAAGUGGUGAAAAAGCCAAUACUAAAGAGUGGGCAGGUUUCUUUGACAUCAAGGGUCGGGUUAGGCUUGAUGCAUUUGAUAAGUUCUUGCAAGCGCUUCCGAUGUCCAGGAGCCGGGCAAUUAUGGUGUCGCAUUUUGUAUUUAAGGAAGGUGCUAUGGAUAGUGAACGCUCCGAUCUUGUUGAGUUGGUUGAUUCUUACAUAGCGGAUGAGCGAUUGGGAUUUGCAGAGCCUGCUCCAGGAGUGGAGCUCUACCUGUGUCCCCCACGCACAAAAACAGUUGAUAUGAUAAUCAAUCAUCUUCCUAAGAGUUACACUGAAAAAUUAAAUGAUGUCGAUGAUGGCCUAAUUGGAAUUGUUGUAUGGCGAAAAGUUCAAAUAACACCACCUGUGAUUUCACCGAACUCCUUGUCUCAUCAGAAACAAAUGACUAAAAAUCACACUGGAGGCCAAAAUGCUGUAAAUGAUGAUAGGAACAGGACUAAUGUUGGUUUUGCCCCUAGAAGUGCCCCCUCUCUCCUUAUUCUCUCUAAACCCCCCCAACCCGAUGAAGAUGAUGAUGAUGUGCCUCCUGGAUUUGGCCCUCCUGGUCACCGGGAGGAUGAUGAUUUACCAGAGUUUAACUUCUCUAAGGGGCCUAACCUGCCCUCACCACACCCUAAACCGAAUGCUGUCCCAAGUCAUGGGACAGUUUCUCGGCAUCAUAAUCUUCUUCGGGCCCCGGCUCGGCAGGUUGACCAAAUGAGAGAAUUGAUUCAGAAAUAUGGACAAAAUGGUACGAGUAGUGGUAGUGGUGGUGGAAUACCCACAGAACCCUGGAAUGAUGAUGACGAUGAUAUACCUGAAUGGCAACCACAAGCAUCUCACCCAGUACCACUAGUACCAGCACCCCAACCUAUCCAAAAUCCUGCAUUGGCCCCACAUAUGGCACAUUAUCAGACAUUUCAGCGGCCGCCUUGGCCUCCAGUUGUACAGCCUAUCCAACCUCUUCAGCCACCUAUGAGUGUGCAGCAGCAGGGAGCAUGGUGGCCUUACGGUGCUAACAAUAUAGGAAGCUUACCUAGUGGACAGUUUAAUGGGGCGCCUGGUUCUGGUCACCUAGCCAGGGAUUGGAGAACCAAUAAUGGUUCUAAUAACAAGGGUUUUUGAGUUUUAUUUCGACUUGUAAAUAAUAAGGUUUUAUUUUCUUUUUGUACUAGUUUUAGAAGUCUUGCACGUCUAUAGACUUAGACGUAAAUGUAGACAUAGGUUCAUCUUUGUAUGUCCUGUUAGUGGGUUGUACAACUAAGGUUUUAUUUUUUUUCAUGUACUUUUAGCUUUCUUUCGGAGCUAGACGCUACUUGAUCUACAAGAGCCAUAAGGAACAAAAUAGCCACAUUAAAUGAAUACUCCCUCUGUUCCCUUUUGUACCGAUAUUAUUGACAAAUUUGACAUAAAUUGGCUCUAGUUUA